GACAAGAGCGACAAAGCUGGAGGUGGUGUGGAAGAAGAAGCUUUCAGUCUCACAGGAAGACAAUGAUGUCUUCUGGGUCUAAAGCUCUCCUCCUGAUCUCCACCCAACAACAACUUAUAGCUAACAUAGGGUGAAUUGGGCUUCCAUGAUGAUGAAGAAAGAGACACCGGCAUGGGAAUAGCGACGCAGCCAUCUCAGCCCGCCUGCGCCUACCUCAGCCCGCCCAAGUCCGCCUACAGACCCCUCGCCGGGCAUAUUUCACCUACGUCUAUGUCCCAAGGCUACCACCAAAGCCUCUUCAGCUUCUCCGAUGGGUUCGGCCGGUCCAUAAGCCAAGAGCAGCAGCAGCACAUCGCGCAACAGAGCCGGAGAGAUAAGCUAAGGGUGCAAGGAUUCGACGCUGCUGGUAACCCUCUCGUUCCGAUCGAUGAGGAAGGCGAGGUGGCCGGCAUCUACGAGCCCGCUAGCGUCGGAGCCAGCAACAUGUUAUCGGACAUGUUCAAUUUCUCGGCAGCAGCACCGUCGGCCACCGAGCUGCUCGCUAGCCAGAUAUCCGGCGGCUACCGCCUCCCGCCGAGGCCAACAGCGGUGGGUAGCUUCCCGGCCGAUUGGUACGGAGGCCGUCAAGGAGUGGUACUGGGAGGUAACAGCGGUUUGAGCUCAAUUGGUGAAUCGACGUCGAAGCACCACCAUGAUGGCGGCCAGCAACAUCCGUUGAUGGGCUUGAACGCCGACUCGGCUGCUGCGAUGCAGCUUUUUCUGAUGAAUCCACCACAGCCAGCGCCGCCGCCGCCACAACCGAGGUCUCCCUCUCCACCUCCACAAGCGGCUCCUCCCACACUCCACCACCACCACCACCACCAUCCCCAGUCCUUCGGAGGAGAGGCGUCCUUUGGUGGAGGGCCAGUAGAAGGAAAAGGGCUCUCCUUGUCGUUGUCUUCAUCUCUGCAACAGUUUGACAUGGCCAAAGCUGAUGAGCUAAAACUCCGGGAAGGGAUGCUGUACUUUAACAACCAGCAGCAGCAGCAGCAUCCAACAUCACACUUGCAAGGUCAUGGUGAGCCGGCGCACAUGGGCUACGGCGCCAUGGCCGCAGUGAACGUGCUCAGGAACUCCAAGUACGCCAGGGCGGCGCAGCAGCUCUUGGAGGAGUUCUGCAGCGUGGGGAGAGGCCAGUCGAAGGCGACUAGGGUAGGCCGGCAACGAGGAGGAGGCUUUUCCAACCCUGACGCUAACCCUAGUGUCGCUGGCGCUGCCGGUGGUGGUGGUGGUGCUUCCACUUCAGCUGCUGCAUCUUCUUCUUCCUCCAAACCAGACAUCACUACUACCUUGUCUUCUGCAGAUAAAUUUGAGUACCAGAGGAAGAAAGCCAAGCUUAUCUCGAUGCUUGAUGAGGUGGACAGAAGAUACAACCACUACUGCGACCAGAUGCAGAUGGUGGUGAACUCCUUUGACUCGGUUAUGGGAUUCGGAGCGGCGGCGCCUUACACAGCCCUCGCACAGAAGGCCAUGUCGCGACACUUCCGGUGCCUCAAGGAUGCAAUCGCCACACAGCUGAAGCAAACGUGCGAGCUUCUGGGUGACAAAGAGGGCGCGAGCGGCUCCGGCAUCACCAAGGGAGAGACGCCGCGCCUCCGCUUUAUCGACCAGAACUUACGCCAGCAGCGUGCGUUCCACCAGAUGGGGAUGAUGGAGCAGGAAGCCUGGCGGCCACAGCGCGGCUUGCCGGAGCGCUCCGUCAAUAUUUUGAGAUCUUGGCUUUUCGAGCACUUCCUUCACCCGUACCCUAGUGAUGCAGAUAAGCAUUUGUUGGCACGGCAGACAGGUUUAUCCAGAAAUCAGGUCUCCAACUGGUUCAUCAAUGCUCGGGUCCGCCUAUGGAAGCCCAUGGUGGAGGACAUGUACCAACAGGAGUUCAAAGAGGAGGGGGAGGAAAGCGAGAAGGGUGAGACGAGCCGCCAAAGAGCACAGUCACCACCACCACCACCACAGCAGCAGCAAACACAGCAAGUCCGCAGAGUAGGAGAAGCCAACGCUCCCGCGGAAGGUGACCCCUCCGCGAGCUCGUCUUCCAUGAGCAGGCAGCACCACUUUGUCUCCUCCUCCGAGACCCUGCCGCCGGGCGUCGCUUUCUCCCACCACGGCCACUCGAGUGGCGGUAGCGACGAUAACGUCCUCAUCAUGCCGCACGUGCCCACAAGCGACGUGUACCGGUUCGGGACGACCGCCGGGGCAGCCUCAUCGCUUGGGGCACCUGCGCCGGCGAGGUUCGGCACCACCGGCGACGUGUCGCUCACCCUCGGACUACGGCACGCCGGUGGCAAUCCGUCGGAGAAGAGCCAGUUCUCGGUUCGGGACUUCGGUGGCUGACAAGAGAGAGAAAGAGGCAUCAGGAGAUCCAACAGCUUCCUUCCUUUAACCAAUGUAGCUCUCUUACUCCUCCCCUCACUUUGAAAUUAUGGAGCAGAACUAUAGCAAGAAAAAGACAUAGAACUGUGGGUCAUAGAUUGGUUUUGCAGGCUGUUCUUUCCUACUUCCUUCUAAAAUUUUACAGAGACAUAAUGGUAUUGGUGAGAUAGUUACUGUGAUUUUUAUCUCA